AUGGCUACCAUGCCCCACAACCUGCUCUUCCUACUCCUCUUGAUUCAACCUGAGUUUGGUCUCUCCACUCAUCAUCAAUGGGUUUCUAAGGACCUACCUUGUAAAAUAAAAGCAAAACAGAAUAGCUCCUCAAUUCUCCUUGAUUGUAGUAAACAAAAGCUGACAGCAGUCCCUCAGGAAAUAUAUACAAAUGUUACUGGCUUGAUAUUGUCUUUCAACUGGAUUGAAGAGAUUUCUAAAGAGGAUUUUCAGAACUUUAAGGACCUUACAUUUUUUAAAUUAAACUGGAAUUGGCAUGUUAAGCCAAAAGAAUCUAAUUUUGAUUUGUCUCCAAAGCCUUUACAAAUACUAGAUGCAACUUUUUCAAACUUAAGACACUUAAAGGAAUUACAUCUUAAUGGCAAUCAGCUAACCAGAGUGCCUGCAGGGAUUUCACCUAGCAUUACUUCACUAAGUCUAAAGUCCAAUAAGAUUAUUACUAUUAGCAAGAACACCUUCAAAGAACUCACAAAAUUGAAGGAACUCUAUAUGGACCAGAACUGUUACUAUGGUAAUGCCUGUGAAAACCUUUUCAACAUGGAAGAAGGGGCUUUUUCAGCCCUCACCAGUUUGACUGUGCUGUCACUUUCCUACAACAACUUGACCCGGGUGCCACCCAAACUGCCAGUGUCACUACAAGAACUUUAUUUGAGUCAUAACAAGAUAAAGAACAUCAGUCAAGAUGAUUUUAAGAAACUAGUUCAUCUAGAAGUUCUUGAUUUAAGUGGAAACUGUCCAAAAUGCUUCAAUACGCCUUUUCCUUGUGAACCCUGCACUGGAAACUCUGCCAUUCAAAUACAUCCUCUGGCUUUCCAGAAUCUUAAAAAAUUAAAGACUUUGGUUCUAUCCAGCACAUCACUCACUAGUGUACCCGCUAUUUGGUUUCAAAACAUGCCAGAGCUAGAGGUGCUGCACCUUGCAUCUAACUUCUUAAUGAGCGAAAUAGCUACUGGAGAAUUCUUACAGAAUUUAUCUUCUUUAGAGGAACUUGACCUAUCUUUCAACUACCAGAAACAAAUAUACUCACGAUAUCUAACCCUCUCACCAUACUUUUCUUCUCUAGUAUCUCUAAAACGAUUAUAUAUUAAAGGUUAUGUCUUCAAAGAAUUAGAUAAACUGCACUUGGAACCUUUGUUUGCUCUGAGAAAGCUAAAUGUCCUUGAUCUUGGGAUAAAUUUUAUUAAAAGAGUUGAUAUGUCUGUCUUCCAGGCUUUUAGGAACCUCACAGAAAUAUACUUGAAAGAAAACAAAAUAUUCCCACAAACAACGGAAAAGCGUGGUUUUUUUAAAUCAUUUAACAAAGAGGACUAUUUGAUCAAUUAUCAUCAGACCUUGGUGUGGAAACACAAGUUGAACCCUUCUGUCAUAUAUUCUGAUAAAAAAAAGCAAUCACAUUACUUCCUUAAACAGCUUUGUACCUCAUAUGGUACAGCCUUGGAUUUGAGUUUAAACAAUAUCUUCUUCAUUAACCCAAAUCAGUUUAAAGGCUUUGGGGAUAUAGCUUGUUUGAAUUUGUCUUCAAAUGCCCUUGGCCAAGCUUUCAAUGGCACUGAAUUAAUCUAUUUACCUAAACUCAGAUAUUUAGAUCUCUCAUUUAAUAAACUGGAUUUGACCAGUUACUCUGCAUUUAAAGAACUACCUAACCUAGAGGUAUUAGACCUUAGCUAUAACAAGCACUAUUUUCUAGUGACAGGUUUUUCACAUCAGCUACUAUUUACUGAAAACCUUCCUAAAUUAAAAAUUUUAAACUUAAGCUGGAAUGACAUUUCUGCACUAACAAAAUUUGAACUAAGGAGUUACUCCCUUCAAAAACUAGACUUCAAAGGAAACCAUCUUGAUAUUUUAUGGAAAAAUGGAGAAACGAAUCACAUGCAGUUGUUUAAGCAUCUAAAAAAGCUGACACAUCUUGACAUCUCAUACAACAGACUUCGAAAUAUCCCCACUAAGGCUUUCCAAAAUCUGCCUCAGAGCUUAACUAAAUUGUAUAUAAAUAACAACAAACUACAUACCCUCAGCUGGGAAAAUCUUAGAUACUUUAAAUCUCUGGAGUUGCUUGACUUAAGUCAGAACAAACUGAAGGCUGUUGAUAUCCAGUACAACUACACACAGUCCCUCCAGACUCUCCUGCUGAGGGAGAACAAGAUUUCCAGGAUUGUCGUUGGGUUGCCUGAGAGAGUCAGCAGCCUCCUCUACCUGGAUUUGAGUUACAACCAACUGCAAGUCUUAAAUCAGUCAACUUUCUUAUCAGGACUUAUACAUCAUUUGAAGAUUUUAAAAUUAAAAGGGAACCCGUUUGACUGCACCUGCAAAAACAGCAACUUCAUAAGGUGGAUUCAGAAAACCAAAACUCCGAUCUCACAAGUAGCAAGAAAUGUCAUUUGCAUGAACCCUGAGGACCAAAGACAGCAUAGCAUUCUCUUGAUUGACCUGCAUGCUUGCAUUCUGGAUAGUGUUGCAGCAAUAUUAUUUUAUAUUUCUUUCUUCACUAUUAUUAGCAUUAUGAUAAUAGCAGUUACUAAACAUUUAUUUUACUGGGAUGUCUGGUAUACUUAUCGUUCUUGUAUGGGAAAAAUAAAAGGAUACAAGAAUAUAGCCAGAGACAAAGCUCUCUAUGAUGCUUACAUAGCCUAUGAUACUCAGGAUGCGACAGUAACUGACUGGGUAAUAAAUGAGCUACGAUUUCGUCUAGAAGAAAACGGAGACAAGCACGUUCUGCUUUGUUUGGAGGAAAGGGACUGGGAGCCGGGAAAGGCUGUCAUUGAUAACCUUGCACAGAGCAUCCAUUACAGCAGAAAGACAAUAUUUGUUCUAACGGAAAGAUAUGUGAAAAACGGGAACUUUAAAACUGCUUUUUAUAUCGCUCUGCAGAGACUAAUGGAUGAGAAUACAGAUGUGAUUGUGUUUAUUCUACUGGAGCCGGUGCUACAGCAUUCCCAGUACCUGAGGCUGAGAAGGAGGAUCUGCAAGAGCUCUGUUCUUGACUGGCCUAAGAAUCCACACGCUGAAGGCCUUUUCUGGCAAAGACUAAAAAGUGCAGUGCUAACUGAUAACAGCAUUCGAGAUGAUGGGGUGUACAGUAUAUAG